CCAGCAUUCUCACUCCACCACAAUGCUGGUAGAUGGAAUUUCAGAGUGGAAAAACCCUACUGUUCAUGUAGGAGACUCCAUCAUUUUCCAGCAUAAGUAUCACUACAACCUCUACAUUUUCCAGAACCAAGGAGCCUUCAAUGUCUGCAAUUUCACUCAAGCCACACUUCUUAACAAACCCGAUUCCACAUCCUAUACGUGGCACCCAUCACGGCCUGGCUUCUUCUACUUCUCCUUCAGCAAUGGUUCUCUGCUCAAUACAUGCCAAGACACUCAAAAGCUUGCUAUAAGAGUUUCUUUAACAACAAUGGCUCCAGUGGCUGCCCCAGAACCCAGUUCCAAGACAGGUUCUGGUGGCCGGGGAGGCAGUGGUGGUGGUGUAGUGUCAUCUUCUCCAACAUAUCCAUGGCCUUUCCAGCCUCACCAAGCUUCCUUAUCGCCAAGUCCAGAGCCAAGUGUCGGCUCUUUACUUCCAAAUAAAGGUGGUGGCAUGCCAUUUAUCAACAGCAACCCUGCUGUUCCUCUGCCUACUGGUGAAGUCGAUUCUGCUACAAUCCGCCCUAUACCUACCUCUGGCCACCAAGGACAGCAGGUGUUGGUGGGGUUAUUUGCUGCUCAAAUGGCUCUAUUUAGUGUGGUUCUCUUGAUGCUAUAAAAAUGUUGAGAGAUUAAGAGAGAGAGAGAGAGAGAGAGAGAGAGAGAGAGAGAGAGAUGGUCUGUAAUAUGUGUAGGUAAAUCCGAUUAGGUUAAUGUGCACCAGACAGUGGUUUUGAGUCUAAAGUAACUUUAAGAGUGAUGAUUAUACCAUGUAUUGGAGAUGCUCUUAGUCCCUACUUUGGAAAUCAUUAGCACUUUUCAUCCUUUGUUAAGCAAUCAGUAGCCAUCUUUU